UUGAAAAUGGCAAUUGGAAUAGCAUUGCAUGCAGAAAUGGCGUAUAUUGUUGUGCAACCCUUGCUGAACGCGUCCGUGAACAGAAUCUGAGAAGAUAUGGAGGAUAAAUUGAAGGACUUGUUUUAACUUGCGCUGCAAACCCAUUAAUAAGAAUGGGCAGUGCAUCAGCGUAACCAAGGUAAAGUGACCUUUCAUUGCAUUGUCCCAUGGAAGAUUUGCUAAAUUGUCGAAGAAGAAGCGGCGAUAUGUUGACUUUGGAAGCCCAGUCGCGCGGUGUUACUGUAAAAACAGCGUCUACUACGACAAACGGCGAAUCUGCCGCGGAGCCUCCGUCAUUAUCCUCGGUGAGCAUCAGUAGCUCCCGCUUCCCACUGCACUUGACGGCCUCCACUCAUCAAGGUCCCCAGUCGAGGAGGCAACAUCCGCCGCCACCGCAUCAUUUCAAAGCCCAGCACCCUUUCCCCGACGAGGCCGCUCAAGAUGCCGUGAUGAAAAAGUCCUUGUCGUCGCUUCAGUACAAGGUACAUGACUCUGCAUUUUGUCGGGUUCUGUCGGCUGAGGCAACAGCCGCCGCUGCUUUUGCCUCCGCGGCUGCGUGCUCUACCGCUAUGGACAAAGACGUAUGGAAGUGUGGAUACUUGAGAAAGCAGAGGCACGGUCAUAAAAGGUUUUUCGUGCUGAGGGGGCCAAGUCACUUAGGCCCCAGUCGCCUGGAGUAUUACGACAGUGAGAAGAAAUUCCGCAACGCUCUGAAAUCUGCCUCUGCCUCCACUGCCAGUGUUAUGUGCCCUCCGAAAAGGGUCAUCUAUCUCUCUCAGUGUUUCACUGUCAACAAGAGGGCUGAUGCUAAGAACAAAUACCUCAUUGCCCUCUACACUAAAGAUGAGUACUUUGCCAUGGCAGCUGAGAACGAGCAGGAUCAAGAGGAGUGGUACCAGGCGUUCAACAGCUGGAUGACGGAGGGCAAGAAGGGCCAGCUGGACCCCGACGAGCUGGACGACGGCUACGGAACCAUCUCGCCGGGCACCAUCUUCAAGGAAGUGUGGCAGGUGAACGUCAAGCCCAAGGGCCUGGGGCAGACCAAGAACCUGAUGGGGGUGUACCGUCUGUGCCUUUCUGCCAAGACAAUUCACCUGGUGAAGCUGAACUCAGACAUGGCCUCGGUGAACCUGCCCCUGAUGAACAUCCGGCGCUGCGGCCACUCCGAGAGCUUCUUCUUCAUCGAGGUGGGCCGCUCCUCGUCCAUCGGGCCCGGCGAGAUCUGGGUCCAGGUGGAGGACUCGGUGGUGGCCCAGAACAUGCACGAGACCAUCCUGGAGACCAUGCGCGCCCUCAAGGCCUUCCCCGAGUUCCGGCCGCGCAGCAAGAGCCAGUCGUCCGGCUCCAACCAGAUCCCCUUCAUCACCACGCGCCGCCACCUGGGCAACUUGCCGCCCCGCCAGACGGGCCUGCGACGCUGCGCCCGCGUCGACUCCAUGUCGGGCACGCCGCCGAAGUGCAAGGGCCGAGGGGCCAGCGACCGCUUCCGGACGUCCAGCGAGGGCGACGGCACCACGGGCAGGCCCCUCAGCUCGGGCACGGGCUCCCUGGUGCACCUCAACACCCCCUGCCUGAACCUGUGUCGCGAGGAGAGCGGCGGCAGCAGCAGCAGUGGCGGCGGUGGUGGCGGUGGUGGUGGAAUGGGCAUGUGCUGCCUCCCCACCUCCCCAGGCUCCUCCUCAUCCUCCACCCAUCAUCAUCAUCACCACCACCAUCACCACGGCAGCGGCAGCCAUCACCACCACCACCAUGGCGCGCCGGUGCGCUCCAUCUCACAGCCUUCCUCUCAUUUCCUGUCGGCCAGCAGCCCCAUCAGCGUGUCGAGCAGCAGCGGCCACGGCUCCGCCUCCGACACGCACACGCGGCCGUCCAGCUCCUCCCUCUGCGGCUCGCCCAGCGACGGCGGCUUCAACUCGGCCGACGAGUUCUGCUCCAGCCCCGCCCCACCCUGCGGCGGCGACUUCCGCUACUUCCGCGCGCGCAGCAGCACGCCCGAGUCGCUGUGUGGAACGCCGCCCGUGCGGGAACGUGACCGGGACCGAGACCGGGAACGCAUCGACGACUACCGGCUGAUGGAGUACAUGGCCAUGGACCGGUACCAUCUCCACUACCCCCACCCGCAUCACCCCCACCCCCAGUACCAGCACCCACACCACCCCCUUCAACAACAGCCGCAACACCAACACCACCAUGACCUGCACGGCGGUGCCCACGAACCCAGCAGGACCAAGACCUUCGAGGAGGAGAGCAGCUACAUGGAGCGGGCAUUCCUCAAGCUCUCGCUGGCCUCCAAGGCCAAGGCGUCGCUGGGCGCGGGCUUCGUGCACCAGAAGGGCACUCAGACCUCCUCCUCCUCGCUAGACGAGGCCAGUCCUGUGGAGUCCUCCAAGCACCAACCCCAUCCCCACCCGCACCCCCACCCGUCCGCCUCCUCAGGUAGUGGCUGCUACCAGAAGACCACCAGCGAGUACAAGCCCUACGUGGAGGUGAGCCACCACCCCCAGCUCCAGCUCCACCACACGCCCAAGCCCGCCUUCCAGUUCACCUCGGACGUGCGGAGAAAGCUCUACGAGGACGACGGAUACAUGCCCAUGUCCUUUAGCCCGGGUUCGAGCGCCGGCUCGGGGUCCGGGUCCUCCCAAAACACGGAUUACAUCCCCAUGCUACCCAGGAUGCUCCACCCCUCCACCCUGGACCUGCAACCGUGCGUACCCACCAGCAGGCCAUCCCCGCCGCAGAUGCCCGACACCUACAUGAUGAUGCAGCCGGGCGGCGAUACCCCCCCUCACCACAACCGCCAUCACCACCACCACCACCCUCCCUCAUCAGCGCUCCCCAGCCCCUCCUCCUCCUCUCACGCACCCCCCCGGACGCCGCCGGAGUUCGCCGACUACAUGGACAUGUCGUUCAGCCACGCCACCGAGCUCUACGCUCAGUCGCCCCCUCCGCACCCUCACAAUCCCCCUCACGCGCCCCCGCCGCCAGCGACGCCCGACACCCCCAAGUCGCACGGCUCCUACUUCUCCCUGCCGCGCUCCUACAAGACGCCCCUGCGGGACAAGAUGGGCCCGCCGCCGGGGCCCGGGGACGCCUCGGCCGCCCAGACCCCCGUGGACGACGACGACUACGACGACGACGACGACCCCGAGUCCCCUCCCAGCCCGGGCGAGUACGUCCACAUGGACUUCGGGGACCGUCUCGGGUGUCCUCUGGUGUCAUCGUCCCCAACGUCACCGCCACCGCCGCCUACUACUGUGACCGCUGCCUUCCCGCCGCCGGCUUCCUGCGAGCCUCACUGUGCUCCCCUGGGACAGGACUACGAGGGGCUGGGCCUGGACGCCAUGGACGCCCUCCUGUUCAAGGGACGCCCGCCGCGCCACUCCCUGGUGGCGCCCUGGAACCCGCCCAACUACGCCCGGCCCCCCUCCAUGAGUGCCUACCUGCAGGGCCAGGGCCAGGUGGGCCAGGUGCCCGAUCACCUGGACGUGGAGAAGGCCUUCGCGCAGCAGGGCUACCGGCUGGCCAAGAGCCCCUCGGUGGGCAUCUACCAGCACCUGUGCACAGGUGAGCGGCCCGUGCAGGAGGACCUCCAGACGGGCCAGGGCCAGGGGCCGGGGCGGCGGCGGCACAGCUCCGACACCUACUCCUCCAGCAGCACCAGCUCGGGCCGGGCCGUCUGCACCAUGAAGGCCUUGGCCAGCUGCAGUCCACCGGAUGGUGUCGGUGGCGGUGGCGGUGUUGGUGGCGGUGGCAGCAGCAAGAGGUGGCCGAACUCUGUGACGUGCGACAGGUCACCUGCGGAUGAUCUCCUGUCGCCGUCGUCGCGCCCCAUGCCUGUGCCUGCCGCCACCGUGCUGGCAGGCCCGUGCUCUGGUGUUGGGGGCACAGGGGGACGGGGACAGCCCACGUCAUCAACCAGCUACCUCAACUUUGGCGCUUUCGACCUGCGGGAUGUGACGGGGGACGGUGGUGGUGGUAGUGGUGGGAUGCCCUCUCCGUGCCCCUGCCCCGAGCAAGCCCACAGUAGUGAGGACGAGGUCUAUGCCAGCAUGGACUAUACCGUCUCGGGAGGAUCCUCCGCCACUGCCUCAAAAGGUUGGUUAUGUCUCUGUUUCCCUGCCUUCAGCAAGAGAAGGCGCAAAAAAAGUAGAAAAGAGUAGAAUUAUGUUGUUUUUUUUUUGUUUUUUUUCUAUUUCUUAUUUUGGUCAUUUUGCAAAUGCAAAUAAUUUUGGUUUGGAAAAGAGAAAUCUAUUUUUUUUAUUUUUUGUAAAAAAAAGAAAGAAAAAAAAACUACCUACUCUAAGUUACCCUUAGAGCUAAGUUAAGUUUUGUUUGGCCACUGUAUUUUGUGGUGUGUGUGUACACUUUUAAUGUGAAUUUGGGAUGAAUGGAUUAUCAAGAGAUUUUGCAACAUACAUGAGGUAUUGCUAUUGCUGAACUUAAGUCAGGUAUUAUUGAAAGUAAACUAAUAAAGAAGAAAUAAAGAAUUACACUAUUUAAAGGCAAAAGAAAAAUGCAAGCCUCAGCUGAGAUAAUUCCUCACAGUUGAGCAUUUGUAAACAGGAAAUGCAAAGCUGCACAAUGGGAAGUGGGAAACUGCACAAUCACCUGUGGGUUAUGUUUAUUGUAAAUAGUUUUUUUCCCUCCAUUUCUCCAGGCUAUUUCGGUUGCUUUAGGCAUACAUUGUAAUGUGUGUUUUGUUGUUAUUUGAGGUAUGUUUAGCUGCUGAAUGACACUUGUUGUCCCAUUGUCGCCAGUUGAAUGAUUUGACUUUGAGAACAGCAGUGACUCAGGUGGAACAAAUCUCAUCCAACUCGUAACAGUAGUGAAAUACCACUGCUAACAUGCUGCUAUUGUAGGAUACUGUCAGCCUGAUCUCACAGAACUCUGUGAAAUGAAGAUGGACCCUUAGGACACGAAAUCCAUGACAGUUCCACAGAUUUUGGCUAAAUUUCAUGUUGGGGUAAUGGAAGUGUUUUCCAUGAUAGACUCACGGACGUGCUUCCUAUUUUUUUCCCCAUGGCACUAUGUUAAGUCUAUCAUUAGGAAACUGACAAACCGGUGGUGGAAUAGCCAACCUUUUGUAGUUGGUUGUUACCAAAUUUCUUAUACUAAACAAAAGAAUGCUAUAGCAAUAUAAGAUGUGCCCUGACCAAAAUAAUCCCUAACCCUUAAUCUGUCAGUAAAGAAAUGUUUUGAGACAUGCUGUACCUUUUCCACUUGGUUGAUGGGCUACUAAAUUAUUGUACUAAACGAAACAAUGCUAGUAGUAUAAGCUAUGUUCACACCAAAACAAUCCUUAACUCCAAACUGUCAUCAUGAAAAAAAACUUUGAAAUGAGAAAAAACUUGAGAGAACACAAGUUGGAACACAAGACUGUGGAAAUAUAGAGCUGUGGAAAUAUAGAGAAAGUAAAAUAUGUGAAACUGCCACAGCUUUUGUCACAAUGGUCUGUGCUCAUUUCACAGAAAACUGUGAGAACAUGUUGAUACCAGAGAGACUGUAGAAUACUCCUAGAAUCUCUGUUGAGACCGUAUGUCACUUACGCCAGUUCCUGGUUCAUGCCAGAGACCAGUAGUCUUAAUUGAUGCUAAGUUUUUAAACAUUCUCCAUCAAAAUUAAGUAACCUGCUAGUCUUAUGCAACGUUAUGCACUUUUUGUGAAUGAAGUUAUUGAAGCUAGGUUAUUAUAAAGUUCAACUUAGCCAGUGCAUUUAAUCUGCACCCCUCAAAGGGCCCGAUAUCACCUCUGCCCUGCUGAGAGAAUAUAGGUGGAGGUUAAAAUAACAUUUGACACUGAUGAAGUCUUAUAUCUUGAGGCAUUAAAGGUUUUAAAGACAGGAGAGCUUAGCUAAGGUUGAAAAAAGACUGCUUGGUUAUAUGUCUGCUGGUUGUCAUCCUCAGAGAGGAAAAAGCUAGAAAGUAAAGAUAUUCUCCAUGUGUUUGUGUCCAUAGAGUGUUUGUAAAUGUGAUGAUGAAACAGGUCAUGACAUGACAUGACAUUUUUGCUACAUUCACAUCACAUAAAAUGUACUGUGUAUCGGAACAAAACUCUACAAAUAUGCACAACUGUUCAUACAAAAGGUUCAAACUUCCGUGUACCUCUCAGGGCAGAUGUCAGUAAAAGUGCAGUAAUAGACUCUCAGAAGUUAUAGAUGGGUCUCUGCAUACUGCUUGACAUUACAUUACAUUUCACUUAGCUGACACUUUCAUUCAAAGCGACUUAGUUAUUUACUGGUUAUUGGUUACAGUCCCUGGAGCAAUGUCGUCAGGUGCUUUGCUCCAGGGCACUUCAGCCAUGGAUGGAGGUGAAGGGAGCAGUCAGAGUGAGAUUUGAACCUUCAACCCUCUGAUCUUAAAACAUCUUCUUGAGCCAAAUCUCUGAUCCUAAACCAUUAGACCACAGCUGCCCCCUCUCACUGCUUGCUACAGGCUUUCAUUUUCUUGAGACUGAAAUGCACAGUUGUUGUUUUUUGGAUCUGCAUAUCAGUAUCCUCCUGUGGGUCAGAUAAAGGCAACCGUAACGUAAUGAUUGUGAACUAUGACCCUGAAUUCUUAUCUGUGUAGAAUCCCAUGUUUAAGCUGCCAUUGCACAAGAUAAAUAAUUUUCAAGGCUUAAUAUGCUUUCUCAGUAUGAUCAAGUCAAGUCAGCUUUUAUUGUCAGUUUAUUCAUAUGCACAGGUCAUACAAGGAAAUUGAAUUACGUUUCUCUCUUGAUGCUAUGAAAGGGCAUGGACCUACACAGGACAUUUACAAACUGACAUCAAAGUGUAAGACAGGACAAGUUACAGUGAUGUACCAAAUGUAUAAUGUAGAGGUUCGGUAUGUUUGAGCUGCUGAGUUGAGCUGCUGAGUUAAACAAUCUGCCUCACAAAAAAACUACAACCGUCUUGGACAUGUGGAACAGAUUGGGAAAGCUAUUCUCCAACUUUGCUAUUGGCUUGUGGUGACGUCCAGCGUAGCUGUUUUGCUGAGACACUUGCUGAGUCUUGCUGAAGUUAAUCAUCUUGUUUCUGGGUAAAGGCCACAAUGAUUUUAGACAAUGACUUACUGACAUUACAUGAAGUCAACAUGGUGAGGCCGGGGUUAAAAUCCCACAUAACAUGCCCUUUUGGAUUCCACCAGAGGAUAAAUCACAUAUUCCUUCUGAUGUAUUUCUGCACCUGAACUCGAAGCCAGUUAGUAAAAUGAAAAACAUCCUCAUGUGUCUGUGCUUCCACAAUUACAUUCAUAACAACUUUGCUCAUAUGAAAAGCAUGCAUAACAAAGUCUAAUUGAGUUGUGCUCACAAGCCUAUCUGAUCCAUGAUGUGGAAAUGCAGUCUGUCUGAUCUCCUUGCCAUGUUUAGUGGACCUUCACUUGAGGGUCAACGAUGGAGUACCUAUCACUGUAACAAUUCAUUGAUUUACUCGUGGAGUAAACAGUAUUUUUUGCAGACUUCA